GCUCAGGCAUGUGUUAGUGAGAGAAGAAGAAAAGCAGGUAGCACCAGAAGAGGACCGGGUCCAUUUUGGGCUGCUAUUAUCAGGCUGAUCUCCUGUGAGAAACACACCGAAUACAGUCAGACACAAGAACUGCACAACAACAGUCAGUAUGCCUGGCGAAACCAUGAGGAAUCGGGUCGGUCGCUGGCCAGAUGUUACACUAUACGAUGAGGAAUCAAUGAAUGUGGAUCUGGUGCCAGAGAAGAAUACGGAGAACGAGGAAGGGAAGUGUCGAAGAUGGUUUCGCAAAAUAUGCCCAUGCUGCUGUCGUCAAGCCAGAAAGGAACCUGAGGACACUGGCAUUGAGCUCAAUGUUGGGAAAGAGGAGAAUGGAAAAAAGCCACCAGAAGAAACUCCUGAAACGAAUGAAAAUCUGUUAUCAGUGCAGUCCAUAGACCUCAUCAAGUCCAAAAAAAGUGAAAACCGUGUGAAUCAUCACACAGAGCAUUACCACAGCGAUAACCUCAUUGUCCGCCGAGGGCAGACGUUUCAGAUGUGGAUAGAGCUCUCACGACCUUUCGAGCCCAAAACCGACAAACUGCACCUCGAGCUCAAACUUGGUCCUAACCCACUGGUAUCAAAGGGCACUCUAGUGAUCGUUCCGCUAGUUGAUGAGUUACAGCACAAUUGCUGGGAAGCCAAGAUUGUUGAGAAGAAAGGCAACAAAAUCAAACUGUCAGUCAACUCCAUGCCGACUGCGCCCAUUGGCCAGUACAAGCUCACUGUCGCAACUCAAUCUCCCAAUGGGAAUAGCACUUCAGUAUAUAAACCUGAAAACGAUAUCUACCUGCUGUUCAACCCCUGGUGUGAAGGUGACUUGGUGUAUCUGGAUGAUGAGGAGGAAAGGAAAGAGUAUGUUCUGAAUGAUGUGGGAAGGAUCUACUAUGGUACCGAGUCUCAGAUUGGAGAAAGAACCUGGAACUUUGGACAGUUUGAUGAUGGGGUUCUGGCAGUUUGUCUGUUUGUACUGGAGAAGAGUCAAACCCCUGCUUCUGGGUGGGGAAACCCUGUUAACAUUACCAGACUCGUGUCAGCCAUGGUCAACUCUCCUGAUGACCAAGGUGUGCUGGAAGGCAAUUGGUCUGGCAACUAUGCAGAUGGGACUUCCCCAACAGCAUGGAGUGGCAGUGUGGACAUUCUGAAGCAGUACCACAAGAGUGGAGGCAUGCCUGUCAAAUACGGGCAGUGCUGGGUCUUCUCAGGGGUCACCACUACAGUUCUCAGGUGUUUAGGCAUCCCCACCCGCAGUGUCACAAACUUCAACUCCGCCCAUGACACAGACGUUUCCUUGACAAAUGACGUGUAUUUGGACGAGAACAUGGAGCCGAUUUUUGAGCUCAAUGGCGAUUCUGUCUGGAAUUUUCACGUGUGGAAUGAAUCCUGGAUGGCUCGGCCUGAUCUGCCGGCUGGCAUGGGAGGUUGGCAAGUGGUGGAUGCCACACCUCAAGAGACGAGUCAGGGCUCGUUCUGCUGUGGUCCUGCCUCCGUGACGGCUAUCCGUGAUGGACAGGUCUACCUUAAAUAUGACGCACCCUUCGUCUUUGCUGAGGUGAACAGUGAUAAGCUUUACUGGCAGAGGAACACUGAUGGCACCUUCUCUCAGAUUUACUGUGAGAAGAAUGCGGUGGGCCACUGCAUCAGCACCAAGGCAGUUGGCUCUAACAUGAGAGAAGACAUCACGUACCAGUACAAACACCCAGAAGGAUCUGAAGAGGAGCGAAUUGCAGUGGAAACUGCCACUCGCUACGGGUCAAAGCCUAACAUCUACCCCUCCGCUGUGGCCACGGACGUCACGUUAGAGGUCACAAUGAAAGGAGAAGGGCCUCGGAUGGGAGAAGACGCACAACUGUCCAUCAGCUUGAAGAAUGACAGCUCUAAUAUGCGCAACACCAUCCUCCACAGUCACGUGGUAGUCAUGUACUACACUGGAGUGCAGAAGGCUAUGAUAAAAAAGGAUGACAUAGUGGUGGAGCUCAAACCCAAUGAGAUCCAUACACUGGAAUGGACCCUUCCGUAUGACCUGUAUAAGAAUGAGCUGGUGGACCAAGCAGCACUGAUGCUCACCCUAUCUGGCCGAGUCAGUGAGACCAACCAGGUUCUGGCCACCCAGUUCAACUUCCGCCUGCGCACGCCCGACAUUAUAAUCACCCUUGUAGGGGAUGCUGUAGUUGGUAAAGAGAUGGCAGCUAAACUAACCUUCAAAAAUCCACUACCACAAGUCCUGAAAAAGGUGAAGUUCCGCAUCGAGGGCUUGGGCUUGCAGAAAGUCAGAGAGAUCUCCUACGGUGACGUGGGCAGUCUGGCGACCAUCACCCUGACGGAGAAGUUUAUUCCAACCUUGCCUGGUCAGAGGAAGCUGCUAGCCUCUCUGGACUGUCAGCAGCUCACACAGGUUCACGGCGUUGCCGAUAUCUUGGUCAAGGAUAAGUGAAAACAGACAGGAAUGCAAAUUGACACGCAUCAUUUACUAUGCCUAGAAGCCAAAAUAAGAAUGAAGUAGUGAGGGUAAAGAUAGUAACCGUAUACCAUAACACUGUAUGCAAAUGAGAAGGUUAGAAGGUUCAGUGCUUUUGUUACAUUUCCUAAAAUCCUGUUCUAGUGAGAACACAACUGUAUUAUACACUCUAGGUUCACGGGGAAUGAUUUCACUCCACCUGAUAGUGGAAAAAAAAAGGUAAAUCUAGAAGUCUUAUGGAUUAUAUGUUAAAGAUGAUCUACCAGCUUGACCAGCUGGUCAGACCAUCCUGGGAUUUUUUCAGACAGGAUUCCAAGUUGAACCAUCAUUAGCAAGGUAAGAAUCCUUACCUAUCCAAAGAACCCUCAAGGAACCACAUUUUCUAGGCGUGCACUUUAAAGAAAAGACUUUAAACUUGUGUUUUCAUAUGUUUUACUGUUUGAAAUCCUUCAUGUAAGGGCUCACAGCCAUCCCUUAUUUAAAAAAAAUGUGUAUAUAUCUAUAUCUAUAUCUAUCUAUCUAUCUAUCAAAUCUCAGCACUACCAAGCUGUGACUAAUGGGCACUUGAGCAAGACCUUAACGCUCAACUGCUCAGUUGUGUAAAAAAAAAAAAAAAAGAAAGAAAAAGAAAAAAAAGAGAGAUAAAUGUAAGUCACGCUGGAUAAGGGUGUCUGCCAAAUGGCAUAAAUGUAAAUGUAAAAAAUGUAAAAACAUCCUGCAUUCUUAUGCUGCCCACUGGUGGCUCUGGGGCCAGAACAGACUACAUAUCCUGCUUAGUGCUAGAAAUAGCCCUGCAUGCAAGCCUGGAUGUUUGCAUCACACCCGGUACAAAACAAUAUUGUAUCGUUCAUUUAUUUAUAGAAUUUAUAGAACAAUCUUGAUAAUCUGUAUAUCGGCGGGUAUAGCAAUCACCUUACAGGCUGAUUUAAUCUGCCUGCUUAAAAUCUGGUGUGGAUUAAAAUACUGCUUGAAAUCGAAGCGUAUCUUUUCCUUGAGGCAUACAUAACACUAAAACGCUUCUAAGAUGCUUUCAUUUCACAUUACACAGGCAUUUUCCCCCAGCGAUUUCUAAUAAACCCACGUGUGUUUAGGUGCUACGUGUUGAGAAACCCAGAAAUUCUGGCUUCAAUGUGUCAUUUUACUCAUCAUGCACUAGUUAUUGUUUAUAAUGUUUAUUUAUACUCGUUACUUAUUUGAACGUUGAGAUAACUUAUUGUUUUUUUUUUUACUGGUUCUUUUAUUUGUACACGUUUUGUAGUCGAAUUAUGACUGAAAUUGUGUAAUAACUAUACAGAUGGGAGUUUGUAUCAUUCUAAUUCCUAAUUGAUGUCUAAUUCCUAAUAAAGGUAUGUUUUAAAACCUU